AUGGCUUCUCUCCAAGUGACUAAUUCAUUUGGCUAUGGCUAUGAUGAGUCUGUCAAGGCUGGCCACCGUGUAGAUGAGUCUACUAUGCAAGGCCGACAGAAACGCCAUCAUUCUAGGGCCUCAUCUAGUAGCUUUUUGCUGAGCCAACUGACAGCCAACCGAGUGGUAAACCCUGCUACCACUUCCGUGAUCUCUGCGAUAACCAACACCGUGGCCACGUCGCAUGGAUCAACUACUCUUCCGGGGCGUCAGCCCCCACCCGUUAGUCCUGCCCCACCGCCCCCUACGCAUAUGAUAUCAAAUACUGGAGACCCGGCUGAAAUGACUAGCCUGAUAAAUGACUAUGCGAGACAGCAGCACCAACAACUACAACAAUUGCCGCAGCCACAACAACAGCUACAAUUGCAACUACAACAAUCUGUCGUAUCAGCCUAUAAUAAGCCGUGUGAGGUCAACGGAGGACUUGGCCGGGCUCCUUUGCAUUCUGGCCAGUGCACCGCCUCUUACUAUCCAGGACUUGCUGGAUCACCACUGCCAGAGAUUCCUAUAGCCAACUCAUCCUUAGCCUACCAGGAUCAUCUUCAAGCAUAUGUACAGCAUCAACAACAACAGCUCUCAUCGUUGGGACAGCAACAUCAACCCACUGGGAGCGUUGUAUCCGGCUAUCAUCCUGCCUCGGUGGCUUACUUUAGUCCUAAUGCACUUUUCUCUCCUGGGUGGCAACCAACGCAUGAUCAAAUUAAUAUGCAUCAUCCUGCGGGGGGUACUAUCCUUGAGCAUCCAGGAAUGAAGCGAGAGCCGCCAAGUGGGGGUUCUGUCCAUGAUGGCACGGAUGGUAUGUGCACAAACUAUCCAAUAUAUUAA